AUGAAGUGUGACAGUAAAUCUGAAACAGUAAGCUCCUCGUCCACAUCUGGCUCCCUUUCAGAUCCAGAUCAGUGGACUAUUUUCAAAGACAAGGAUGAAUCUGAGAUUAUGAAUCCAGCGAUUUUGUGUGCUGUAAGAGCAGGUGACAAAGUCUCCCUCCUGAAAAGGAUAAACGAUGACGUAAAGGUCACUCAACGACUCGUAGACAAUCAAGGGAAUUCAAUACUUCAUAUUGCUGCUGCUUUGGGUCAUGUCCAUAUAGUGGAGUUUAUAAUCUCUACAUUCCCAAAUCUUCUACAAAAUGUGAAUCUGAUGGGUGAGACAACUCUUCAUGUUGCAGCCAGAGCAGGCAGUCUCAAUAUUGUUGAGAUUCUUGUUCGAUUCAUUACAGAGUCUUCUUCCUAUGAUGCGUUUAUUGCCGCUAAAAGCAAGAACGGAGAUACUGCACUACAUGCCGCGUUGAAAGGAAAACAUGUAGAGGUGGCUUUCUGCCUAGUAAGUGUGAAGCAUGAUGUAUCAUUUGAUAAGAACAAUGAUGAAGCAUCUCCAUUAUACAUGGCUGUAGAAGCUGGAUAUCACGAGCUCGUGCUUAAAAUGCUUGAAUCUUCAUCUUCCCCAUCUAUACUAGCUUCGAUGUUCAGUGGAAAAUCUGUUAUACAUGCAGCAAUGAAGGCCAAUAGAAGAGAUAUCCUAGGUAUUGUUCUUAGACAAGAUCCAGGACUUAUUGAAUUACGCAACGAAGAAGGAAGGACAUGUCUUUCCUAUGGAGCAUCAAUGGGAUGUUAUGAGGGAAUUCGCUAUAUACUAGCAGAGUUUGACAAAGCAGCUUCAAGCCUUUGUUAUGUCGCUGAUGAUGAUGGCUUCACUCCUAUUCAUAUGGCGGCAAAGGAAGGACAUGUCAGAAUCAUUAAGGAGUUUCUUAAACACUGUCCUGACUCAAGAGAGCUACUUAACAAUCAAUGUCAGAAUAUCUUUCACGUUGCUGCCAUAGCUGGUAAGUCGAAAGUUGUCAAGUAUCUUUUAAAACUUGAUGAAGGGAAAAGAAUGAUGAAUGAACAAGAUAUCAAUGGGAAUACACCGUUACACCUAGCCACUAAACACAGAUACCCGAUAGUUGUGAAUAUGCUUACAUGGAACGAUGGGAUUAACCUCAGAGCACUCAACAAUGAAGGCUUUACAGCUUUAGAUAUUGCUGAGACGAUGAAGGACAAUAACGCUUACGUACUUUACAAGAGAUUGAUUUGGAUGGCUUUGGUAUCUGCUGGAGCACCACAUGGCCCAAACCUGAUUCCCUUGACUGUGUCACAGAGUAGCAAACAAAGUCCAGAAAGAUACAAGGAUAGUGUCAAUACUCUUAUGGUGACUGCAACACUCGUAGCAACCGUGACCUUCGCUGCAGGUUUGACAUUACCCGGUGGUUACAUGAGUUCUGCUCCACAUUUAGGCAUGGCUGCAUUGGUCAAUAAGUUGAAUUUUAAGGUAUUUCUGUUGUUGAACAACAUUGCAAUGUGCACUUCUGUGGUAACUGUAAUGGCUCUAAUAUGGGCACAACUGGGUGAUGCACUUCUGACAAAGAAAGCUUUUCGACUAGCUUUACCACUUCUGUUAACAGCUGUUGUAUCAAUGAUGAUGGCAUCUGUGGCUGGACUUACUCUUGUGGUGAGCGAUCUCCCAUGGCUUUCCCAUCUUGUAUUAGCCAUAGAUUCAGCCUUCUUGGUAUUCCUGAUGCUACUUAUCAUUCCUUACGCUUUCUCGUCUACAAGACAUGGCUUUCUCAGACAUAUCUUCUACUUUCCUUAUUUCUUGAUGCUUUUGGUUGUUAGCGAAGGCAGCAACAACAUGGAUGGUUAA